UAGAAACCCGAAGACCCGAAAACCCGAAAACCGAUUCAGAAUCAUGAAGGCCCUCACAGCCACCGCGGCGGAGAUCUUGAAGACUCCGACCUUCAUCAAAAUCACGGCUGUUGUCAUCGCCUCCCUCACCCUCUUCGUCCUCGCCAACCACUACUCUGCCUCCUACUCUCCCCUCUCCUUCUCCUCCUCCUCCUCAACCGCCGGCGGCACUCACACUUUGGCAUCUCCGCCGCCGGAAUCCAAUCCACCACCACCACCUCCUCCCGCUGUACCUCCACCACCGCCGCCGGAGGUGGAGAGGAUGGGGAUAGUGGACGAGAACGGCGCGAUGUCGGAGGAGUUCAAGGUGGGCGAGUUCGACGCCAGCCUGGCGGAGCAGCUGAGAAAUGCGAGCGGUGGAGUGAGGGACGGUGGCGGGGGCGGCAAUGGCGGUGGCGGUAGGUUCAAGGUUGAGAAGUAUGGAGUGUGUGAUCAGAAAUUGACUGAUUAUAUACCGUGUUUGGAUAAUGUGGAGGAGAUUCAGAAGCUGAGUUCAACUGAGAGAGGUGAAAAGUUCGAAAGGCAUUGUCCUGGAGACGGCAAGAGGUUGAGUUGCUUGGUGCCGAGGCCGAAAGGGUAUCAGAUUCGAAUUCCCUGGCCUCAGAGCAGAGAUCAGGUGUGGUUCAGUAAUGUGCCCCAUACAAGACUUGUUGAAGAUAAAGGUGGUCAGAAUUGGAUAGCGAUAAAGGGGGAUAAGUUUGUGUUUCCUGGAGGUGGAACGCAGUUUAUUCAUGGGGCAGAUGAGUACUUGGAUCAGAUAUCUCAGAUGGUUCCUGAAAUAGCUUUUGGACGCAAGACUCGAGUAGCCUUAGACGUUGGUUGUGGAGUAGCGAGUUUUGGUGCCUUUUUGAUGCAACGUAAUGUGACCACUCUGUCAGUAGCGCCGAAAGAUGUCCAUGAGAACCAGAUCCAGUUUGCUCUGGAGCGUGGUGUGCCUGCUAUGGUGGCAGUGUUUGCUACUCACCGCUUGUUAUAUCCAAGCCAGGCUUUUGACUUGAUCCACUGUUCAAGAUGUAGGAUUAAUUGGACUCGCGAUGAUGGAAUUUGGCUUCUUGAGGUUGACAGGUUGCUGAGAGCAGGAGGUCAUUUUGUUUGGGCAGCGCAGCCUGUUUACAAACAUGAAGUAGCCCUACAAGAACAAUGGAAAGAAAUGGAGGACCUGACUGCCCGCAUUUGUUGGGAACUUAUAAAGAAGGAAGGGAUGAUUGCCAUAUGGAGGAAACCUCUAAACAACAGCUGCUAUCUUGGUCGUGAUGCUGGUGUGCAGCCUCCAUUAUGUGAUUCCAAUGAUGAUCCAGACAAUGUUUGGUACGUUGGUUUGAAGGCAUGCAUUACUCAAUUACCAGAGAAUGGUUAUGGAGCAAAUGUUCCUAUGUGGCCUGCACGGCUUCAGGAUGCACCAGACAGACUCCAGAGCAUAAAAUUGGAUGCCUACAUAUCUAGAAAAGAAAUCUUCAGGGCAGAGGCAAAGUACUGGGAUGAAAUAUUAAGCGGUUAUAUUGGUGCUUACCAUUGGAAAGAGUUAAACUUUAGAAACAUAAUGGACAUGAGGGCUGGAUAUGGAGGGUUUGCAGCAGCGUUGCAUGACCAUGGGCUAGAUUGUUGGGUUAUGAAUGUUGUACCCGUAUCUGGCUUCAACACAUUACCUGUAAUUUAUGACCGCGGACUUGUUGGAGUUAUGCAUGACUGGUGUGAGCCAUUUGACACUUACCCGAGAACAUACGACUUAUUGCAUGCAGCAGGUCUCUUUUCUAUCGAGCAAAAGAGGUGUAAUCUCUCAACCAUCAUUCUUGAAAUGGACCGAAUGUUGAGGCCUGGAGGACGCGUUUAUAUACGCGACUCUGUUUCUGUUAUUGGUGAGCUUCAAGAACUUGCAAGUGCAGUUGGUUGGGUGCCUGCACUACACGAUACAGGAGAAGGGCCCCAUGCUAGCUGGAAGAUCUUGAUGGGCGACAAGCGUUUGUGACAAUAUGAUCAAGUGCAAAGAAACUAAGGUCAUCUGCAGAGCGGGUCGAAGUCUCACCGCAAGAAAGAAGCCACUGCAACCAUCUUAUUGCACACGUAUGUUGUAAAAUCAUCUGAAAAUCAGCUUGCACAAUCACGUUUGUUGUUUUUUUGAAAGGAAGAAUACAGAAUGCACAGAAUUAGGCAGUCAAAGACUCAGUUGUGCAUAAAAAUGAUCUGUAAUACGAUGAUAUUGUACGUCUUAUUUCACAACACCUCCUUUUUAUAAAGAGUAAAAGUCGAGUCACAUUA